AUGUAUGCAAAACUUGCCACAAAUACUCCAAUUUACGAUUUAAUUCUUCAGAUGGCCAAAAAUGGCGCUGUAAAAGAGUCGCCAAAAAACCAGGGAAAAAUCACCGACUUCUGGAAGGCGAAAACGCCGAACAAAAGCGCCGUGGAAGAUCCAGAUCAGCCGCUGAAAAAAUCUCCCAAAAAGACAGCGAAAUCGGUGACAGAAAAUUCCUCCUCUGGAAAAAUGCCUGGUAAAAAAGCUGGAAGCCCCGGUGGCAAACGGCUGGAAAAACUCGGCCAAAAAGAGCCCGUGAAAUCGAAAAUUCCAAAAAUGGAUGACGGCACGUCGAAGUUCUCUGUUGGCAGCGUCAGAGCUGUUUUAAACAGAGCCAACCCAGAAAUGAUGAUAGGAAAUCUGGUUCCUUCGUGCGUCAGCGCCGCUGCGACUCAAUUCGCAAUUUACAUGGCCCAAACGGCGCUAGAAAACAGCAUGAGAAGAACUGGAAAAGAAGCUGACAGCGCAAUAAUCGAAUACGAAGACGUGGCAAUCGGUGUCAACGGCGACCCAAGACUGGAAGUAAUCCACGGAAAUAUUCCAUACCAGCUCACCGCUGUUGAAGCGCUAAAAAGACGCGAAGAGUUUCUCAAGUCUCAGGACAAGAGAUGA